CGUCCAAACAGCGGAACAGCUGAUUCGCGUCUCAGCUGACGCGGGUGUACGUCACUGGGAUGUCCAUAUUUUCUUUUUGUUGUGACUAUAGUUACCAGUUCGCCGAAGUAGGAAUAUAAGCUAUUGCCCGCUGGAGGAUUGGACCGACAACACCUACACGCAAAUUGUUUAUUCUCGGCUGCGCCAUGUUGGCUUUCCCUUCGUUCUGUGUUGUGCUAAUAGCGUUCGCAAUAAUUGUGGUGGAGAGCGCGCCACAGAACAACUUUGGGUUUCCUGAUGAGGACAACAAUGAUGACUUUGAUGAUGAGGGGUCAGACGAUGAAGACGUUCGCCAAAACUUCGGACGUCGACCAGGUUCCAGACCACGCCAAGGCAUUAGGCCUCCAGGAAACUUAAAUCCCAACAACUUCCCAAACGGUGGUAGACGUCCAGGAAACAAUUUCCCUGGAAAUAACUUCCCAACCAAUGGAGGCAAUGCUGGAAACUUCCCAACUAACGGAGGAUUUCGUCCUGGGAACGGAGGUAACCGUCCUGGAAAUAAUAACUUCCCAACCAAUGGAGGCAAUCCUGGAAACUUCCCAACCAACGGAGGAUUCCGUCCAGGGAGCGGUGGAAACUUCCCAGCCAGUGGAGGGAAUUCAGGAAACAAUUUCCCAACCAGUGGAGGAAAUCCAGGAAACUUCCCAACCAACGGAGGAUUCCGUCCAGGAAGCGGUGGAAACUUCCCAAACAGUGGAGGCAAUACAGGAAACAAUUUCCCAAACAGUGGAGGAAAUCCUGGAAACAACUUCCCAACCAACGGAGGCAAUCCAGGAAACAACUUCCCAACCAACGGAGGCAAUCCGGGAAACAACUUCCCAACUAACGGAGGCAAUCCGGGAAACAACUUCCCAACUAACGGAGGCAAUACAGGAAACAACUUCCCAACCAACGGAGGCAAUCCAGGAAACAACUUACCAACCAACGGAGGUAAUCCAGGAAACAACUUCCCAACCAACGGAGGCAAUCCUGGAGUAAAUCAACCCACAACCCCACAGGCCGGAGUCACCGUUGCUCCCCCAAACCAGGGGGUGACUACUACAACCCCUGCGACUACAGUGACCACCACAAGGAUCCCACCAAGGGACCCGACCAACCGUAUAGUGUACACAGUGUCCUGUCCGUGUCCUUACACCCGCCAGUACGCGCCCGUCUGCGGCUCAGAUGGCCAAACCUACGGCAACCUCAGUGUCUUCCGAUGCGCACAGCAGUGCGGAGCAAAUAUUGACAUUAUCCUGAUGGGCGCCUGUGUUAGAGCGAGCAACGGAUAACUAACUCUCGACUACUCUUAAUCACAAAUCUGAUAAGACUGCUUUAUUUAUAAGUUUUACCGAAUAUUUAUUGUUAUUUUUAUCUAUAUUAAUUUUUUAAUAAAACAAAUAUUUCAAU